AUGGCAUCCAAAGCCCUUGUCGUGGAUUCGUCGCACUUUGGUUCGAGACCUGGUUCUGCCGAGGAGAACAGGAUCCGACGCUUGGCGCUCCACUUCGCCCGACCUCUCGUUGCUGCGACCGCUGCGGCUUUGCCGGACGCGCAUGUGAAGUCAUGGACGAAGGGGCUCAUCGCCCAUCUUAUCCUCGUCCCUCCGUGGGUCUUUCCACCAGGGAUGCUCCUGGGGUCCCUGCUCACCGCUGGGGCGCCCUUCGGAGCCAAAGGCAUCCUAGCCGCCUUGGGAGUCGGAACCGGUCUCAUGUCCGGGCCGAAGACACUGCGACCCGUUCUCUGUGCUUUUGUUAUGCUUCUGGCAGCAAGAGCUAAGAAGCGUGUCGCGAUGGCUGGUGCCAUCUUUGCUUCGUUCCUCACAUGGCUGGUCACUCGAUCAGGAACUAUUUCUCCACAGCCGUGGUACUUCAACUUCAUCAGCACAUGGAUAAAGGACUUUUAUACCGAGACGGGCCUUCGGGGUGCCUUGCACGACAUACGUCCUACAAAGAGCUUCUUUGGCUUCCACCCACAUGGAUGCCUAUGUGCUGGGUUCACCAUCAAUGGCACCUACAACCCAGACUUCAUGCGGGCUGCCACUCGUGUGGCAUGGCUGUGUGACAACAAUCUCAGGCACAAGAACCCUGGCUUUCAGCUGAUGAGUGAGGCGUACCAGGCUGAGGACAGAGCCAUUGAAGCUUGUGAUGCUGAAGGUCCCGGCACACCACGACUACCGCCUACUACUACUACUACGACGACGACGACUACUACCACUACGACGACUACUCCUGCUGCUGCUGCUGCCACUGCGCCUACUGCUACUGCUACUGCUACUGCUACUGCUACUGCUACUACUACUACUACUACCACCACUACUACUACUACUACUAAUAAUAGUUUUUUAUGA